AUGGGAACAAUGAAUAAAGCUUUUAAGGAUAUGAACAAUAUGUAUAUGAAUAACCCAUCUAUGAAUAUGGUUAAUAAUAAUAUAUGGUCAUCCGAAAGGAUCGUAUUACCGUCAGAGGAAUAUUUAUAUUAUAUAAACUUAUUUAAUUUGAAUGAUAAAUUUGAUAAUCAAUACAUAGAUAAUAAGACGGCCUCUUCCUUUCUUCAGAAUUCGGGUCUGUCAAUAUCUGUGUUACAUACUAUAUGGGAAUAUAGUGAUGUUGAGAAUAAGGGAUAUUUAACAUUAGAAGAUUUUUUUAUUUGUUGUCGUCUUGUUGCUCAUGCUCAGAAUGGUAACGUCAUAAGUACAGAAAUGAUUUCCAUACAACCGCCUUGUUUACCCAGCUUCGACAUUGUUAGACAUAAAUCCUUUUCAGACAUAUCCAAUAUGGAGGGAAGCUUAAAAUGGAAAUUGAGUUCAAGAGAAAAAGAAAAUUACGAAAGAAUAUUUAAAUCAUUAGAUAUAAAAAAUGAAGAAAAAAUAGAAGGAUCAAUUCUUCGUGAGUAUUAUAUGAAUACAACAAAUAUUUCUGUAUGUGAGUUAAUGCAGAUAUGGAAUGUAUCCGAUAUAGAUAAUGAUGGAUUUUUAAAUUUAGAUGAAUUUUUUAUUAUGAAUAAAAUUGUAGAAGUAAGAAAGGAGAGGAUAAUUAAUAUCCCUCUUUCUGUACCAGUGGAGUUGUUACAAUCUGUUCAAAAUAAGGAAAGCACAUUCCCUUCGGAAGACGAUGUAACUUUUCGACAGAACGCAGAUGAAGAGGGAACAAAAAAAAGAGAAAGCAUAAAAAUGUCUCUUGGAGAUAUUUUAAAAUCAGAUAUAUCAAGAAAGAAAGAGCAUCUAGGAGAAGAAGAAGAAGAAGAGAAUGAAAAGUUAAAUAUGGAAUAUGAUUUUUUUGAAUUUAACAAAGAUGUCUCAGUAAAAAGUAAGACACCUUUUAUGAAAGGUAAAAAGGAAAGCAUUCAUUUUGGAGACGACGAAGGAAAUGAUAAUGAUAAUAAAAAUGGUGAUAAUAAAAAUGAUCAUAAUGAUGAAGAGGAUGAUGAUGAUAAUUUUCAUAAUAACGAUAAACAAUUUUUUUCUACCAACUUUGAAGCGUUUGACCAAAUGAACAAUGAUGAUAUAAAUAAUGUGAACGAUCUUGUUUUUAAUGAUGGAUACGAUAAUUUUGAUCAAGGACAUGUUGUGCAUAAGGAUUUAAAUUCAACAAAUGAAAAGAAAAAAAAGAAAAUGAAAAAAAAUAAAAAAAGUUAUACAAACAUUGAACUAAAUCAUAAGGAUAAAGAUAAGGAUAAGGAUAAAGAUAAAGAUAAGGAUAAAGAUAAAGAUAAAGAUAAAGAUAAGGACGAUGAUGAACAGAGUGAAGAUAAUAAUUAUGAUGAAUGUGAAGCGUCACCAUAUUCUGAAGGGGGAAAAAAAAGAAAUAGUAAGUAUUCCAUUUUUAAAGAAAAGGGAGAUAAAAAUAAAAAGAAGAUGCACGGUAAAGAUCAUCAUGAUGAUAAUCAUACAUAUGAUGAUGAUAAUGAUAUGUUGGAUGAAGAUUUCCAUUUGAACGAUAAGAAAGAGAAAAAAGAAAAAUUAAAAAAGAAAGAAAAGGAUGGAGAGAAAAAGAAAAAAAAAAAGAAAUAUUCUGAAGAAGAAAAAUAUUUUACAAGACUUAUAGAUUUUAAUUAUACAGAUUUAAAAAAUUAUCAUAUUGAAAGUAAGGAUGUAUAUAAAAUUGAAGAGAUAAAUAGAAAACUUGAAGAAGAAAUAAAAAAAAAAAAAAUUGAUAUAGAAAAAAAAAAAAAACAAGUAAAUUGUCUUGCAUAUGUUUAUGAAGUUGAAUUAAAAAAAUAUCAAUGUUUAAAAGAAGAAAGACGUAACUUAGAAUUUUUAAAUUUAUGUUUAUAUAAAGAUAUAAAAUAUAAAAAAGAAAAUAUUAAAGUUAUUAAGAAUGAAAUAAAAGAAAUUAUAGAUGAUAUAAAUAAAAUAAAUAUUGAAAAUAUAAGUUUAAAUAAAAAUUAUAAUAAAAAAGAAAAUGAAAUAAAAUGUACAGAUAAUAAAAGGAAACAAUUAAAAACAAUGAUAGAUAAAGAAAAAUAUUAUUUAAAAAAAGAUGAAAAAAAUCUUAUCAUUUUGAAAAAUAUGAUAGAUUAUUUAAAAAAACAAAAACAAAGAGCUCUCAAAUUACAAGAUAAUUUAAAAAAUAGAUAUGAUGUAACGAAUUCAGAUCAUCAAAUGCUAAUUAAAAAUAUUCUACAUCAACAAAAUUAUUUAAAUAAUAUUACAAAUAAACGUCUAAAUGUACAAAAAUUAAAAAACCAACAUAUUCUUCUUUUCAAUUCAUUAUCAAAUCAAUCUUUAUUACUAGAUAUGCAAAACACGGAUAAAAAAUUCUUACAAAAUAAUCAUAGAAACAUAUUACAAAAUAAUGAUAAACAAGUUAUACAAAACAAUGAUAUCUUACUAAAUAACUUGCCUAUCGACAAUUAUGUUUUGUGUAACGCACCCUCCAAUCACCAUAAAAAAUAUUACACCGACAAAAAGGGCAUACCAAAUAAUCACAAUGAUGAUAUAAAGCAUUCCAAAAAAAACUUUGAACUUUUUGAGCAUAUCAAAAAUGGUGAUAGCGUAGAUAUUUUUUCAAGCCUUGACGAUCUUGAAUCGGUAAAAGAUGAGAUUGAAAAUGAAAUGAAACACCUUGAGAAUUAUGCAUCAAAGGAUAAUAGUUUGAAGAGUGUUGAUAAUAGUAGCUGA